AUGGGUGACACUGAAUUGGUACUGAAUUCCACUGGAAAUCAGUUUUCGAAAUUCGUAAACGAGGUUUCUCUGGAUGAUUUCGUUGAAAUCCCUCUCGUUUCUGAUGGGGAAAGUGAUACCAGUGAGCGUUGUUCUAUUGCGAUUUCACAAGACGAAAAGCACUCUUUAAUCGAGUUAGAACCGGUCUUUCCUCCACAACCUGACUCGCACUCGGCCAUACAAGCCUUUUUCGAAUCCACGUACACACCAUCUCCCAAACGCUAUGCAUCUAAUAUACAUUCACCUGUCGGUGGUACGGGUUGUCAAGAUUUGGACGUUGACGUCGAAGAUCUUAAAUUUAAUGAAGACUUAGCCAACGCAAUGCGGUACCAAUGCUCUCUUUUCAGUCCGUCCCUUGUUCGCGCCAUUAACUCAGACAUUAAAGAAAUCAAGCGCUCACUGGCUACUUCUGUCGCUUCAGAAGACGAUAAGCCGAAGUUUUCACAAAAGCAGGAAUCAUUCCUCUCCUCAACAUCACUUCAAAUGAAGGAAUCACAAAACUCAAGGCGAAUUAAAAAUGCUGAAGGUAUUUUUGACCACGACCUGACAUUUAAAUUUCAUCGACACAGCAAACAUUCCGGAGACCGCAGAUGGCAUGAACAGUCAAGGUAUCAGAAUGCGUCUUCCUGCUUGAGCAUGAGCAAUUGUCUUAUUGACCUUGCCUCUAUUAUAAUGUUUUUUUUUUCCUCACAAGGUGGCAAAAAGGAUCCGUUGACAGUUCGCCAGUGGAACUUCGCAGCACCUGACAAUGCUGUCUACAGUACAUCGGAGAGCAGCAGCACCGCUACCAACUCGGACGCUGAUGACUCGGCAGCCUCAAAUUUCUCCCAACCGCCAUCGACCCCACCAUUGCAGGUGGCCUCUCAACCUAAUGACAUUGAUGCCACUACUGUUGGAAUGCAGGAUGGCGAGUGGUCUCUAAGGCGCUGUCCCCCUUGCCCCCGCACCUUGCAUCCGCCUCCCAGUGGAUUUUUAAGUAGCCAAAGCAAUAAGGCUUUGGGCUCCGCCCACGGUUCCAGCUCUCUUGCACAACGUUCACAAAGGGGGAGGAAAUCCCAAGUACCUGAAGCUGAUUACGGGAGCGACGAGGACACUGAUCAGCUCCUAGGGAAACAGUACCGUUCUGACAGGCCUGUCGAAAUUCCCGAGUUGAAGGAGGAGGCUGAGUACUUGUCUGUGAAGAAACGCCGCGGUCGGGAGGUUGCUGUUCAUCAUCCGGAUUUUCCCCACCGUCCUAUCGAAGGCUGUCUCUACCGCUCUCGCUACCUGGGCAGCACUCAGCUGCCCUGCGAAGAUCACCCCUCCAAAUCUAACCGCCUUCAUCAGGCGCAGGAGGCAGUUCAAAGAGUUAAGGCUCCCGAAGGAGAAACCCAGCCAAGUGUCCCCGUUGAACUUUUUGUCUCGACGGAGCGUAUCCUCAUUUUAAAUAAGGACCUUGAUGAGAUAGUCAUGGACCACGACCUACGCCUCAUUUCUUACAUCGCCGACGUGGGAAGUAUCUUGGUACUGAUGGUUCGACGCCCCUAUCCGUCGGUCCGACGCUUUAGCUCCUCUACCGGCACUCCCUCCUCAACUCCGGCCGCAUCUGCUGGGGCAUCUGCGCCUCCGCCACCCUCCGAAGGCUCACUUGAACUUCCCUUAGCUAACGAAUCUGCUAAUGGUUGCAGCGACAUCAUUGACACCGAUACUGGACGUGAUCGAAAUCAAGCAAAGAUCAUUUGUCAUCUCUUCGAAAGUGACGAGACGCAGAUGAUUGCUCAGGCUAUUGGUAAGGCCUUCCAUGAGGCCUACUUCGAUUUUUUGCGUCAAAGUGGCGUUGAGGAUCCGGAAGCUUUCCAGGAGCGUAACUACCAAAAAAUACUUCACCAACAGGAGAUCUUUCGAAAUGAAUUGGCCUUUUUCGCUGACAAGGAGCAAGAAAAGGAGGUGAUAGUGCCAAAGCAGAAAGGCGAGGCGAUGGGUGUGGUAAUAGUGGAGUCAGGCUGGGGCAGCGUGCUACCUACUGCUGUACUUGCCAAUAUGUGCCCCUCUGGCCCUGCGGCGCGCUGCGGGCAGCUGAAUAUCGGCAACCGCAUCAUCUCCAUCAACGGUCAGAGCCUCGUCGGUCUUCCCCUCGCCACCUGUCAGUCUCUCUUCAAGGCGACGAAGAACCAGACGGCAGUGAAACUAGUGAUAGUGAACUGCUCACCAGUAGUGGAGGUGCUUAUCCGACGGCCGGAUCAAAAGUUCCAGCUGGGCUUCAGCGUUCAGGAUGGAGUAAUCUGUAGCCUUUUGCGCGGCGGGAUAGCAGAACGCGGAGGUAUUCGUGUGGACCACCGCAUCAUUGAAAUCAAUGGGGAGUCGGUAGUUGCGGUGCCCCACGAGUAUAUCGUUAAUCUCCUCGCCACCUCUGUUGGGGAGAUCUACAUUCGCACAAUGCCAACUUCUAUAUUUAGACUUCUGACUGGACAGGAUACACCCCAUUACAUCUAA